UUGAAAUAUUAACAGAAGACAUUUUUCUCUAAAAUUAAUUUACAUGUGGAAAAACUUGCUUAUAUGUUAGUUUGUACAGGUGCUUGCAGAAAAAUCUUGCCUUUGUUUAUGUAAAAGACAGAUUUAAUCAGAUUCAACGUAAAACAUUUCUACUGGCUUGCAACAUUUGACGAAAAUCUACUACUAAUUUAAUACUAUGCAUCGACAUGUUACCUUUGUAAAGAAAAUAAUUAAGCUUGAAAACUUUGGACGAUAUUCUAAGAAUGGUUUUACACUUGUUGGCUGUUGUAACUCUGUAAUAAAUAGACACUGGUACAACACUGGUACCAACAAUCCAAGCACCUACCAUACACAGUUUCCAGCAAAAGAGGAAAAAGAAUCCUGGGCAAUACAAAAUUUUGAAGAUAGGCUGUUUGAUUACCUUAGUGAUAAUGGAGACAGGUUGAGCGUGCAGAAAUUUAGGACUGCAAUAGCAAAUUAUGGUUUACGUGAUUCUGACCCCAGGCUGACAGAGAGUAUGGAGAAUUUAAACAAUGUACAAGCACAGGCAGACCUACAUGGUUUAUUUGUUGAUAAAAACACAUUUAAAGAUUGUAUAGCAGAUAAUAUAGUCUUGAUAGCCAAAGCCUUCCACAACAAUUUUAUCAUACCAGAUUUCCCUAUGUUUAGACAACAAAUAGAUGAACUUUAUUGGAAAGCUAAGAGUAAUAGUGCUGGCAGGGUAGCAAAUUAUAUACCACAGCUUGCCAGGUACAGCCCUGAUGAUUGGGGAAUAUCUAUCUGCACAAUAGAUGGCCAAAGGCAUUCUGUUGGGAACUUUAAUGUACCAUUUUGCUUACAGUCAACCAGUAAACCACUAGUGUAUGCCCUGGUUCAAGAGGAAUUAAAUCAAGAAACAGUUCAUCAGUAUGUUGGCCAUGAACCCAGUGGGUUCACGUUCAAUGCCAUUUCUCUUGAUCCUGCAAAUAAACCACACAACCCAAUGAUAAAUGCUGGAGCCAUUCUGACCUGUUCUUUACUCAAGCAAAACAUGAAUCUUGCAGAUAGAUUUGAUUACGUGACAAAGAUGUUUAAAAGAUUGACUGGUGGAGAAUAUCUGGCAUUCAAUAAUGCUGUAUUUUUAUCUGAGAGAGAAACAGCUGACCGCAAUUUUGCAUUGGGAUAUUAUAUGAGAGAAAAUAAGUGUUUCCCAGAGGGAACCAAUUUGAUGGAAACAUUGGAUUUUUAUUUCCAGCUUUGUUCAAUAGAAGCUGACUGUGAUUCUGCCUCUGUGAUAGCAGCUACUCUAGCUAAUGGAGGGGUGUGUCCUACGACAGGGGACAAGGUGUUUUCUACCAACUCUGUACGGAACACUCUGUCAUUAAUGCAUUCCUGUGGCAUGUAUGACUACUCUGGAGGGUUUGCCUUUGAGGUUGGUUUACCUGCUAAGUCUGGUGUCUCAGGAUGUAUAAUGCUGGUUGUACCAAAUGUAAUGGGUAUAUGUAUGUGGUCACCGCCCUUAGAUAAAUAUGGUAACAGUGUCAGAGGAAUACAGUUUUGUAAGGAUUUUGUUGAGAAAUUUAAUUUCCAUAAUUACGACAGCUUAAUACAUUCUCCUAAGAAGUUUGACCCUCGAAUUAGAAAAGCAGAAUCUAGGGCCAAAGUUGUCGUAAAUCUGUUGUUUGGAGCUUACAAUGGAGACGUAACAGCUCUGAGAAGAUAUGCAUUAUUAGGUACUGAUAUGAACUUAGGAGAUUAUGAUGGAAGAACAGCUUUACAUGUUGGGGCUGCAGAGGGAAAUGAUAGCGUUGUUAAAUUUCUGUUGGAGAAAUGUAAAGUCAAUCCAUUCCCUAGAGACAGAUGGGGAUUUACUCCACUUGAUGAUGCUGUAAGAUUUGGGCACACAGUAGUACAGAAAAUAUUAGAGCCCUACACAGAGGAAGAUAAAGACAAUACAACAGUAGAUUCUUGAUGAAGGCUAUAAAUAGAAAUUCUUUAGACCAAUAAUUAGAAAGUACCAAUCUGUUAACUUAGUUCCUGAAAUCUAAUGUCUGUUAAUGUAGUUAUUGAAAUUUAAUGACUGUUAACUUAAAAUUUAAUGAGUUAACAUAGUUCAUGAGUUUUAGAUUUAAUGAAUGUUAACACAGUUUAUGAGAUUUUAGAUUUAAUGAAUGUUAACAUAGUUUAUUAGAUUUUAGAUUUAAUGAGUGUUAACAUAGUUCGCAAUAAUUUUUUGACCCAUUUAUGGGCAUUAUUUUUUCUGGUCUGUGCGUCCAAUCAACUUAAAUAUUAGUAGACAUGUUCCCUGUGAUAUAAUCUUUCUAAUUUUAAUGCCAAAUUAGAGAUUGACCCCUUUUUAACGGUCCACUGAACAUAGAAAAUGAGAAUGCAUAUGGGGCAUCCGUGUACUAUGGACACAUUCUUGUUGAAUAUAAAGUUGUAAGAUAUUGCCAAAAAAAGUGUACAUAUAAUGCACCAGAAGAGUGUGUGUAAUAUGGUUCACAUGACAGUCAGAUUUCUACUUUGCCAAAAUUGCCUCUUUGAUUUUUUGCUACAAUAGUAGAGGGGCAUUAUGUUUCCUAGUCUGUGGAUCAGUUUGUCUGUCUGUCCAACUUCAGUUUCAAGUUUUUGGUGAAGGUAGUUUUUGAUGAAGUUGAAGUCCAAUUAACUUGAAACUAAGUACACAUGUUCCCUAUGAUAAUUAUGAUCUUUCUAAUUUGAAUGCCAAAUUUGAGUUCUUUCACUAAUUUUACAGUCCAAUGAACGUAGAUUAUAAGAGUGCAAGUGGGGCAUUCAUGUACUAAGGACACAUUUUUUUUGUUAAUAAAAAAAUGACAGUCAUCGUAGAAGUGACACUUGAUAGAGUUUUAGUCAAAUGCAUCAAUACCCGUCCUUUUUUGGAAGACAAGUAUUUUUCCUAUUAUUUAGCACCAAUGGACAUAUUUUUAUAACUCUUUAUUACAUAAAAGAGGGACAAAUGAUACAAGAGGGACAUUCAAACUCAUAAAUCGAAAAUAGACUGACAAUGCUGGCUAAAAAUGAAAGAAGACAAACAAUAGAACACAUGACACAACAUAGAAAACCAAGACAUAAGAUUAUCUUUUAUUGGUUGAUAGGGCAAUUUUGUAAAGACAAGACUUAAAAAAAAAUUGAAGGGAAACAGCCACAGAUAACAUACAAAAUGAUUAUUUAAAAAAUUGACCAGUCAGACCCAACAUUGCCAUUUUCACCAAAAUAUUCAUUGUCUGGGAACUGGAAUACAAGUUAGUGCUUUUAACAGAUGAAAUUUUAUCUUUUUACAUUUGAAUGAAAUUUAUACAUAUACAUUUAACAUAUAUGUAGAUAUCUGUAAGAUGUGAAAUAAUUUGUACAUACCAAAAUCAGUUGUUUUUCUGACUUUUUGUAUUUUACCAAGAUGCAUUGUAUCUUUUUUCUCCAUACUAUAAAUUAUGUAUAAAAAGUAUAUAACACACAAAAACUCUUUAAUGUACAGCUAGUCAGGUUUAAUACUUUUGACUCAGGAAUUUGUUCUUUUAUUUAUUACCAUAUAUGUCGGAGAUUUAAAUAUGACAAACCAGGUACAAACCGAUAAAAAGAACAGCAAAUAUCUUUGAUGCAUUUAUUUUUGUUGGUGACGAUUUUUGUGGAUGGAGAAAAAAAAUUGUUUCAUUUCUUGUUCCUCAGUCAUUGGAACUUAAAAUCUGUAUAUUAUUGAGUAUUAAAAUUUGUUCAAAUGUCUAUGAAAAAUCUGUAUUGUUAAUGCAUUCACUGUAAAUAAAUAUCAAGUUGCCAUAAAUU